GGUCAUAAAUAGCUCGGGUGUUUGUAAACAAGCGCUGGGGGCACAUUCCCGGCGCCCGGCUCAUUGUUCCCUCCCUUCCUCGCUCACUCUGCGCUGCGGCUGGGGCUGAGGGUUGACAGAGAGAGAGACAGAAAGAGAGAGAGAGAGACAGAGAGAGACAGAGAGAGAGAGAGAGAGAGAGAGAGAGAGAGAGAGAGAGAGAGAGAGAGAGAGAGGUGGGGGCGUCCAGGCUCCAAGUGACAAAAAUGCAAGUGUUUCUUUUCCUCCGGCCGUGCGUCCACUUCUGACAGCGGGUGGGGAAAAAAGGAAGGAAGGAAAGAAAGAAAACCCCAAAAACUCUUUAGCUGGCUCUGCAGAACGCCCGGGCGGCCGCUACCCCAGGUUCUCAGGACUCCGGAGCUGAACCUCUUCCCAGUUCAGCUCCAGCUCCUCUUCUUGCUCUGGCUCUGACUUCUCUCCUCCUCGGGGAGUCUAGCAGAGAAUCCAGUACUUUUUUUUUUUACAUCACCCCCCAACGCCACCCCGAAAAUUACUGGCAGACCCCAAUAUUUUCGAGGAAAGUCUAGAAGUCUUUCACGAGCGGAGCCCCGAGCGAAUUAACUCCGGCAUCUGCCCGCUCCUGCGUUCGUUUCUCCAAUUUAUUUCGAGAGUCCGCUUUGGGGAAGAGAGGCUGGAAGGGGAAGGAGCGGAGAGGACGCCGGACGCCGAGCCGGCGGUCGGGGAGCUGCAGCCCUCGUCUGUGUGCGGGUGCCCCGGGUGUGUGGUUGGUGGUUGCCUGGGCGUGCGAAUUCAUGGAGCGCCUCUCUGCCUCUCCAGUGCGGCCAGAGCUCGCUUCGCGCACCCACCCCUGCCGAGGAGCCUACUUGCUGCAGCCCAAUGCAUUGUGUAAGACGCGACCUGUUAUGGCCACCACUACUUCCGGGUUCUAGCAUUCUGGUCGGAAUCCACCUCUCCGCCUGUGCAACACACACUUUACACGCGCACGGCGACUGCAAGCGGGCAGCAUCGAUCGUGGCUCCUUUAAGACAAACUCAGACAGACAUUUUUUUAACCCUCCUCUCUAAUCUCCCUUCAGUUGCUGCAGUUGCAAAGAGGGAGAGGGAAAGAGAAAGAGAGCGAGAGAAGAGAGAAACUGAUUAGGAAUUAGGACUGAUCCAAGGAAAACGGGCGCUAGGGCUUUGUGCAUUUGAAUAUUAACAUUUGAGGUGUUCUGACCAGAAGAAGACAGAGCGGAUGAUCAUUCAUUCACCACGUUGACAACCUCGCCUGUGAUUGACAGCUGGAGUGGCAGAAAGCCAUGAGAUUUGGUAGUUGGGUCUGAGGGGCGUUCUUUUUUUUUCUUUCUUUCUUUUCUUUUCUUUUCUUUUCUUUCUUUCUUUUUUUUAACUGAUUUUUUUGGGGGGGAGAGAGAAGAUCUGCUUUUUUUUUUUUUUUUUUUUUUUUUUUUUUUUUUCUCCCGCUGCUGUCUUGGAACCAGAGCGCUUUUAUGCUCAGCAACGCGGGUGCCUCGCUUCAGGUCCGGUAGACCGAAGAUCUGGGACCAGUAACUCACACUGCUGGAGACGCAAAGGGAUUUUUUUCUUUCUUCUUCUUCUUCUUCUUUUUUUUUUUUUUUUUUUUUGGUCGUGCAUCAUUUUUUUUCCCCCGAGGGAGUCUGCAUAUUUGUUUCUUUUCACACUGGCCUUAAAGAGGAUAUAUUAGAAGUUGAAGUAGGAAGGGAGCCAGAGAGGCCGAUGGCGCAAAGGUACGACGACCUACCCCAUUAUGGGGGCAUGGAUGGAGUAGGCAUCCCGUCCACAAUGUAUGGGGACCCGCAUGCAGCCAGGUCCAUGCAGCCGGUCCACCACCUGAACCACGGGCCUCCUCUGCACUCACAUCAGUACCCUCACACAGCGCAUACCAACGCCAUGGCCCCGAGCAUGGGCUCCUCGGUCAACGACGCUUUAAAGAGAGAUAAAGAUGCCAUUUAUGGACACCCCCUCUUCCCUCUCUUAGCACUGAUUUUUGAGAAAUGUGAAUUAGCUACUUGUACCCCCCGCGAGCCGGGGGUGGCGGGCGGGGACGUCUGCUCGUCAGAGUCAUUCAAUGAAGAUAUAGCCGUGUUCGCCAAACAGAUUCGCGCAGAAAAACCUCUGUUCUCUUCUAAUCCAGAACUGGAUAACUUGAUGAUUCAAGCCAUACAAGUAUUAAGGUUUCAUCUGUUGGAAUUAGAGAAGGUACACGAAUUAUGUGACAAUUUCUGCCACCGGUAUAUUAGCUGUUUGAAAGGGAAAAUGCCUAUCGAUUUGGUGAUAGAUGAUAGAGAAGGAGGAUCAAAGUCAGACAGUGAAGAUGUAACAAGAUCAGCAAAUCUAACUGACCAGCCCUCUUGGAAUAGAGAUCAUGAUGACACGGCUUCCACUCGUUCAGGAGGAACCCCGGGCCCUUCCAGCGGUGGCCACACUUCACACAGUGGGGAUAACAGCAGUGAGCAAGGUGAUGGCUUGGACAACAGUGUAGCUUCCCCCAGCACAGGUGACGAUGAUGACCCUGAUAAGGACAAAAAGCGUCACAAAAAGCGGGGCAUCUUUCCCAAAGUAGCCACCAAUAUCAUGAGGGCGUGGCUGUUCCAGCAUCUAACACACCCUUAUCCUUCUGAAGAACAGAAAAAGCAGUUGGCACAAGACACGGGGCUCACCAUCCUUCAAGUGAACAAUUGGUUUAUUAAUGCCCGGAGAAGAAUAGUGCAGCCCAUGAUAGACCAGUCCAACCGAGCAGUCAGCCAAGGGACACCUUAUAACCCUGAUGGACAGCCAAUGGGAGGUUUUGUAAUGGAUGGUCAGCAGCAUAUGGGAAUCAGAGCACCAGGGCUGCAAAGUAUGCCAGGGGAGUAUGUAGCCCGGGGUGGUCCAAUGGGUAUGAGUAUGGGACAGCCAAGUUAUGCCCAACCCCAGAUGCCCCCCCAUCCUGCUCAGCUGCGUCAUGGGCCCCCCAUGCAUACGUACAUUCCUGGACACCCUCACCACCCAACAGUGAUGAUGCAUGGAGGACCGCCCCACCCUGGAAUGCCAAUGUCAGCAUCAAGCCCCUCGGUUCUUAAUACAGGAGACCCGACAAUGAGUGGACAAGUCAUGGACAUUCAUGCUCAGUAGCUUAAGGGAAUAUGCAUUGUCUGCAAUGGUGACUGAUUUCAAAUCAUGUUUUUUUUUUCUGCAAUGACUAUGGAGUUCCAUUCUUGACAUCUACUUUGGACCAAGGAGCAUCCCUAAUUCUUCAUAGGGACUCUUAAAAUGCAGGAAAACCAACUGAAGUCAAUUUGGGGGACAUGCAAAAUAACUAUAUAAGACAUUAAAAGAACAAAGAGUGAAAUAUUGUAAAUGCUAUUAUACUGUUAUCCAUAUUACGUUGUUUCUUAUAGAUUUUUUAAAAAAAAUGUGAAAUUUUUCCACACUAUGUGUGUUGUUUCCAUAGCUCUUCACUUCCUCCAGAAGCCUCCUUACAUUAAAAAGCCUUACAGUUAUCCUGCAAGGGACAGGAAGGUCUGAUUUGCAGGAUUUUUAGAGCAUUAAAAUAACUAUCAGGCAGAAGAAUCUUUCUUCUCGCCUAGGAUUUCAGCCAUGUGCGCUCUCUCUUUCUCUCUCUUUUCCUCUCUCUCCCUCUCUCUAGCCUGGGGCUUGAAUUUGCAUGUCUAAUUCAUUUACUCACCAUAUUUGAAUUGGCCUGAACAGAUGUAAAUCGGGAAGGAUGGGAAAAACUGCAGUCAUCAACAAUGAUUAAUCAGCUGUUGCAGGCAGUGUCUUCAGGAGACUGGUAGGAGGAGGCAUGGAAACCAAAAGGCCGUGUGUUUAGAAGCCUAAUUGUCACAUCCAGCGUCAUUGUCCCCAUGCGACAACAACCAUCACCUUAUACAUCACUUCCUGUUUUAUGCAGCUCAGAAACAUAGACUGAAGAUUUAUUUUUAAUAUGUUGACUUUAUUUCUCAGCAAAGCAUUGGUCAUGUGUGUAUUUUUCCAUAGUCCCACCUUGGAGCAUUUAUGUAGACAUUGUAAAUAAAUUUUGUGCAAAAAGGACUGGAAAAAUGAA